AUGACGUUGAUCUCGUCAUCUCUGUUACUUCACAAGAUGAAGCUACUCAGCUUGGUGUUAUUUUUCACCACUGGCACAAAAGUAGCUUGCAGAUUGAGCAACGAGACGGAUCAAUUAGCAUUGCUUUCAUUCAAGGAACUUAUAGCCGAGGAUCUGCUUGGCUCAUUAAGUUCCUGGAAUAAUUCCUUUCAUUUCUGCAAAUGGAACGGAGUAACAUGCAGUCGCAAGCAUAAGAGAGUAGUGGUUUUGGACUUGAGGAGCAAAAGUCUGAGGGGAACCAUGUCACCUUUCUUUGGAAAUCUCUCUUUCCUCAGAUCUCUUUACCUCCAGGACAACAACUUCCAAGGAAAAAUCCCCCAGGAGCUCAGCCGCUUGUCCAGGUUGCAACAUCUGAAUUUCAGUACCAAUUCUCUUCAAGGGGUAAUUCCAACCAAUUUGUCAAACUACCUCAGUAGCAUUGAUUUAUCGUAUAAUGAUCUAGUUGGAAAAAUUCCAGCCUCGUUUAGUUCUCUCUCCAAGCUCACUUAUCUUGACCUUUUCACCAACAAUCUCAUCGGAGGGAUUCCACCAUCUCUUGGUAACCUCUCUCUCCUCCGAACAGUUGAUUUGGGAGUGAAUAGUAUCACAGGAACUAUUCCACAUUCAAUCGGUCUGCUUCCCAACCUUCGGGUAUUUAGCAUUGGAAUGAAUAAAUUGUCAGGUACUGUCCCUCUCGCACUUUAUAAUAUCUCAACUCUUACGCACCUAUUCAUUUUAAUAAACCAACUUACCGGCAGUUUACCCCAAGAUAUUGGCCUCACACUCCCUAACCUGCAAAGUAUAGUCGUUGGGGAAAACCUAUUGUCGGGAACCUUUCCAGUGUCUCUUUCUAAUGCAUCUAGAAUGAAAAUGCUUGAUGUAUCAGCUAGCAACCUCUUAGGGCCAGUUCCCUUUGACCGAGGGAGAAUGAUGAAGGAUCUAACGAGGCUACGUCUGGGUGUAAACCAUUUAGGCUCCGGGAAUGCUAACGACUUGAGGUUCAUCAAUUCAUUAACCAACUGCAGCAAGCUACAAAAAUUUGAUUUUGAUGAAAAUGGUUUUGGUGGCGUUUUACCCACUUCCAUAGCCAAUCUCUCGAGUCACCUUGAUGAGUUUCUAGCUGGACGAAACCAGCUAGUUGGAAACAUUCCCCCGGGAAUUUCCACCUUAGUCAACUUAGCUAACUUUGGUUUGGAACAAAACUUUUUUUCAGGUGUCAUCCCCUUUGAAAUAGGGAAGCUUAGAAACCUCAAACUAUUAGAUUUUAGCAGAAAUAAACUGUCUGGUCCCAUCCCAAAAAGCAUUGGAAAUCUCACACGAAUAUUUGGGCUAUAUCUGCAUGAGAACAACUUCAAUGGAACCAUACCUUCAAGUUUUGAAAACACCCUAGACUUGCAAAUCUUGAAUCUUUCAUAUAAUCUCUUAGUAGGUCCGAUACCCCAAACCAUAAGCCUUCUCUCCACUUUAUCCUCCAUCAACUUGGCUCACAAUUUUUUUACCGGUCUGCUGCCACUCGAAAUUGGGAAAUUGAACAAUCUCCAGGAACUUGAUGUUUCAAACAACAACUUGUCUGGACAUAUUCCUAGUACUCUGGGAAAUUGCUUGAGAUUGGAAAGCCUUCUUCUGGAGUUUAACAUGUUCCAGGGUAGUAUUCCUCCCUCUUUUAGCUCCUUGAAAGGAAUUGAAACACUGGAUCUUUCGCACAACAACUUGUCCGGCCAAAUUCCAGAAGAUCUAGCAGCGCUCAUGUUUUUGAAGGACCUGAAUUUGUCCUUUAACAACCUGGUUGGUGAGGUGCCCUCACAUGGGAUCUUCAGAAACUUGAGUAUAAUUUCACUUGUUGGAAACACAGGGCUUUGUGGAGGCAUUGCAGAAUUGCAGUUGCUUGCUUGCCUGAGUCAAGAGUUCACAAAGAAGGGAAAUCGCUUUCGCAUAGAAAUUAUUAUCCCAACUGCUUGUUUGAUCCUGUGUCUAUCAUUGGUAGCACUUUUGGUUGUGUUUCUUCGGAAACGAAAGCAGAGAGACAAAUCUCUUAUUCAAUCAUCCAUUGGAGACAAUUUCCUGAGGGUUUCAUACGAUCAGCUCAGUAAAGCUACAAAUGGGUUCUCUUCAACAAACUUAAUUGGAGCUGGAAGUUUUGGCACCGUGUACAAAGGACUUCUCCAUGAAGGCGAAAAACCUAUUGCGGUCAAGGUGCUCAAUCUUGACCAGGGAGGAGCUUCCAGGAGCUUCAUUGCCGAAUGUGAAGCCCUGAAAAACACAAGGCAUAGAAAUCUUCUAAAAAUUAUAACCGCAUGUUCAAGCAUCAACCAUGCACGUCAAGAUUUUAAGGCAAUAGUUUACGAGUACAUGCCCAAUGGAAGUUUGGAGAAUUGGUUGCAUCCAGGAGAAGAUGCACCAUGGCAAGCAAUGAACUUGGACCUUCAACAAAGGUUGGACAUAGCCAUCGACAUUAUGUGUGCGUUAGACUACCUUCACCACAGUUGUGAAACGUCAAUUGUUCAUUGUGAUCUGAAGCCCAACAACGUCCUCAUGGACGAAGACAUGACUGCUCACGUGGGGGAUUUUGGGCUGGCUAGUUUCCUCACCAUAGAUAGCAGUUAUAAUGGUGAUGAGACCAAUUCACUUGCAAUCAAGGGUUCCAUAGGCUAUGUGGCUCCAGAAUAUGGCGUUGGAGGGAAGAUAUCUACACAAGGAGAUGUUUACAGCUACGGGAUCCUUUUAUUGGAAAUGCUGACAGGAAAGAGACCAACAGAUGAAAUGUUUAUUGACGGACAAAGCCUUCAUAAACUCUGUAAGUCAGCACUGCCUGAGCAAGUGAUGGGGAUCGCAGAUUCGCUCAUGCUAUUUGAAGAACCUAAGGAAGCAAGAAACGAUGUUGAUCAAAAUGAGAAAAUUGGACAAGCCAAAGUAAGAGAGUGCUUAAUUUCCCUUAUGAGGAUUGGGGUUGCAUGCUCUGUAGAAUCACCUGGCGAAAGAAUGAAUGUCAGGGAUGCCGUCAUAGGAUUAACAACAAUAAAGGAAGUAUUUCUUGGAGUAGGUAUCCAUGACAAGAGGUAAUCGAGGAUGCAACUUUCCUGCAAAGGACCAUCUCGGGCUCACUACUAAGACGUACACUACAGGAAUUAAGGCUGUAGAGGCUGUUUGAAAGCUUUUAAGUGCAUUCAUAUAGAGCCAAAUCCCUUUAUUUGCGGCCACUUUGUUUGGAAGUGCUCUCUUGUAUAUAUUUUCAAGUUUUCAUGUAAGUCAUAAUUUUACCUAUUUAAACUUGUAUAAGUGUAAUGUCCUAUGAAUAAUUUAAAUGCUCCAGCUGCUUAUCUGCGUGGAUAGUCAAAUGACGAGGAAGUGACUAGGAAGACAAAGGAAGGAAUAGUUAUACGAGAGUUGCAACAUGGAACGUGAAUUUGGGGCCCCACACCACACAAAAUGGCUUUAUUGGUUUGUUAAGAAAUAACAUUUAGGAAACACAUUUACUAAAAAUACAACAUUUAGGAAACACUAUCUCCUAUAAAGUUUCAAAAUUAUCUUGAACAGGAUACUCGUGCAUUUAUUUAUCUGUCGCAUUUGUGUGUAUUCAUGCUUGCAUUCAUAUCCGGCCGCAUUGAAUAUUGAUUACUCCACCCAUUACCGGUUUUGUAUUGCUUUAUUUUUGCAUGGAUUUUAUAAGUUCAUAUCCUGCUCAAACUUGCAAAAUUUUGAAGUUUUUCUUUUGUUUCUUAGCCUUAGCCAAGCAACGCUCCCGCAAGUAUUUGCAAUCCCAGUGAUGAAACUGAGAAAGCAAAUUCCACUGUCUGUUUAAAAUAGACUACAAUGCGGGUUGAGGGAGGUAUUGAACAAAAGUUCCUCUCAAAUAAAGGGAAUCCUUUUGUUGAGGAAAGAGGCACAAACAGAUAAUACAUUUACAGAUGAGAGCAAAGAGAAGCUUAUGCAUACUAGAACGAGUCUGCCAUUAAAAGAGGUUUGAGAACCAAAGAGAAGCUUAUGAAUCGGGGUCCUCUCUCUUCCCUCAUCUGCUCUCUGUCAACAAGCAAAUGGAAGCCUCUCACACUUGCUUUUUAAUUGUUCUUACUCUAGAGAAAUUUGGGAGCAAAUCUGUAUGAGAUGUGGGUGACAUUUCCAAAACUCAGCAACCUUGGGAAGCUGAACUGGCUUGGCUUGUUGGUAAGUUUAGUGGGAAGGCUUUCCAAAACUCCUUACGAAAAAUUGCAUGGGCUUCAAUAAUCUACUACAUUUGACAAGAAACAAAUAGCAAGUUCUUCUGAGGCAUUCGUAGAGUGAACGGGCUGUUUGCCAUGGAUAUAGUAUGAGGGGAGCUAUGAUAAAAGGUUGGAUGCAUAUAGGGGGACUAUGUGACAGAUAUAGUGACGAGGUGGGAGGGGUGUUAUUAUAUCCGACACUAUUGGAUAUACAAUUCGCGGGAUAUUAUAUUCACCGCCUAAAUCCGGGUGGCAAACAUUGGAUAUAAGUAGUUCGGAUAUGCCAUCCGGGGUGAUAGCAUAUCCGCCCUCUAUAUCCAGCUGGCAAACAGGGGCUCUUAGAUUAACAAAAUUAAACACACACCUCUAAUCCUUGUAAUAUGCUUGCAUUGAUAAAUCCCUAUUUAGAUACUUAACUACCUUAGCUAGUUUUAGGCUUUAAGUCCUCGAUCUUCUUAUUAGGAAGGACUGCCCUCCUUGUUCUUGUACUGUUUUCUCUUUCAUGAAUCGGUUUCGAUGGCCAGAACAUUCGGAAUGACCUCAAAAACAGCCAGAAGUUUCUAAUUCCUGAACCCUGAAAACACAAAUUGAGCAAUACAUCAAUAGCUCUCAUGUUAUGGCCAUACAGCAUCUGCAUAAAUACGUAACUAUAUAUAUGUGCAUAUGAUUCAGCAUUGCUUUCAGUUUAGAAAACAGGUACUCAUGGAUUGCAAU